AUGGCCUCUCUCUUCAACAUGAGCGUCAGACGACUGUCCAUGAGGUUUCCCGUAAUAGCGCCAAAGGCGGCAGUGGUCAGCGAUGAAAUGCUGGUGAGCAUAGCUGGCUUAGAUGUGCUGCGCCGUGGAGGAAAUGCUGCAGAUGCCGUAGUUGCCAUGGCUGCCUGCAUGCAGGUCGUGCAGCCCCACAGCUGUGGCCUUGGAGGUGACUGUUUCGCCAUGUACUAUGACUCUCACGAAAAACGCGUGCACUGCGUGGAUGGAAGUGGAAGGAGCCCCGCUGCCCUGACGCUGGAACUCAUGCAGUCUAAAGGCCACCAUGAUUCGACACGUGAGCUUCGAAUGUAUGGUUUACAAGCGACGGUACCAGGCGCAGCAAAGGCCUGGUUCCACAUCGUCAACCGCUUCGGUUCACAAAAGAUGAAUUUCUCCGAGCUGCUCGCUCCCGCGGUGCACUACGCCGAGUGCGGCGUCCCAAUGGAUCACAUCAAGCACAGCUUAUGGGGGAUCAGGCUGAAAAGACUCAAGACAAUGCCCGGCGGGCAUUUGUUCCUGGACAAAGACAGGCAGCUGCCCAUGGUGGGUCACUCUGUGGUGAACCGACCACUUGCUCAGCUUUUAAAGGCAAGUAUGUGA